UCAGGAAGAAAUAACAGGGCACGCUUUCUGAUCUGUUCUCUGGACCUGCCGAUCCGGAAAUUCAAAGGGUCGCGCCAUGAUGAGAAGGGUGCAUUCGACUGCUUCACCAGAGGAUCGGCCCUUCCCUGCUGCUAAUGAUGGCGAGAUCGCAGAGAAAGCUAACACGCUCACAGUGUGGAAGAAGUCUUUGCUCUUCAAUUGCAGAGGUUUUACGGUGUUCGACGGCAAGGGGAAACUGGUUUUCCGAGUCGAUAAGUACGACACAGAUCACAGGGACGAGAUUGUUCUCAUGGAUGCGGCAGGAACACCGCUUCUUGCUAUGAGGAAAAAGAAACUGAGCCUAGGGGACCAGUGGCAGGUUUUCGACGGCGAGCCGCGGAGGAGCGGAGUGUCGCCAAAGCCGAUUUACUGUGUGAAGAAGAAGGCUUCUCUUCUGCACCCAAGGACCCUGGCUCAUGUAUACAGUGGAUCAUGCAAGACCUUCCUUUAUGUUGUCCACGAUGCAUACAUCAGGAGAUCAUGCCAAGUUGUGGAUGCAUCAGGGAAAGUGGUGGCGGAGGUGAGAGCAAAAGAAUCCGGGGCGAGCGGCGUAAGUUACAGGGAUGUCUUCCAACUGAUGGUGCAACCAGAUCUUGAUCCGUCGUUGCCCAUGGCUCUGGUCCUGUUGCUGGACCAGAUGUUCCCCUCUAAAUGGUCGCCUGUUCUUUGAUUGGAUCCGAGUCCAAGCAAUGUGCUUUGAUCUUCGUCCGUGGCAAGCUUGCUUUUUUUGUGUGUUUGCCAUAGAUACUUUGUGGCUGAAGCUUUUCGUCGCCUGUAAUAAAUGGCUUGAUGGUUACCAGUUUGAAAUGAUAAGAUUGAUUGAAGUAUGGGCAAAGUUGGAUCAGAUCCAGAACAAAGGUUCACCAAUUUUUGGCCGUUUUCGUUCA